GAACAACUAUCGACCUCCCGAGAUAACCUUGAAAUCAUCAGGAGCGUGUAGUGCAUGUUGAGGCCAAACGCACCGAUGGCGAGCACGAGCAGAUGAAGUCUACUUGAUAACCACUCACAAGUUCUCCGACUUUAGCGCAUCACUUGCGACAUAUCGAUCAAGUGUACGAUCACAAUGGCUGGCUUCCUCACCGCCGUUUCCACCAAGAAGAUUGUCUCCAAGCCAGCAAUCGGACAGAUUCAAGACCUGAGCAUCCAAGAUGCAGCUACUAUCGAUUCACCGCAAUCAGCACUACAGGCUCUGAGGAAACAACCCAGUCAAGGAAUAGUGACCAAUGUUCUGACUUUCCUCAACAGCCCGAAAGUCAGCCUUAUCAUCUCAGGGCCAGUGUAUGCAAGCAUAGCACAUGAGCUUGUUAGCAAUAUAAUACCGACCUUCUGGAGAGUACUCAAACAACGUUCCAAAGAUGCUCAAAGCCUUUCCUCGAUACUACACAAUCCUACCGGAAUCGGGCAUCUGCUCACUAGACUGCGUUUGCUCAUUGCAGAGAGUAGGAAGAAGAAAGCCGCUGGGACUGCGCAGGAUGUGUUGGAGUUCAUCGAAGAUACGUUGGAUGUGCUCGGUCGAGUCCUGAGCGGUGAUGAUGUAUCGUACUCUAUUUGGAAGGAGAUCCAAGCCUUCGGCAAGAACGACAUACAGAAGAAGCUCAUGUGGAAGGAGUUCCUUGCGCAGGUAGCAUCAGGCCGAAUAUUGUCGAUCAGAGCUGAGGCCGAAGAUGUUCUGAAAGAAAAAGGGGUCGGAAGCUCAUCUUCGAGCGGUAACGACCUCGCGGAUUGGCUUGGGCGUAACAUUGUCCACAUGUUGACUGUUGGGGACAAGGGUGAGACGUACGUUACAGCUUUGACCGAACUUAGCGCCAAAACACUGAGUCUGGGGUAUACAGACCGCCUCGUCGCUAAUAUCCUCGCCAUUGUUAUCGAGCAGGACCAAGUGAACCGAUUCGCAGAUCUCGUAGGCCGGCUGAAGGCAUUCGAGCAACGAAAGUACUGCAAUGCUGUAAUCGUCUACAUCACAAAGCACUUCUUUCAGUCGGAGAUUGUUAGCAAAGAGGACAUACCUAUCGACCCAUCACCUGUGAUCUCGGGCGCGGCAUGUCUAUUGAGCAGUUUCGUCAAGGACAACGAGAUCUUGAUGGAUCAUCUUAUCUCUUCGCUUACAAGUUCUACCGUUCCGGCCCUAGAAGAAUCACUUGCCAUUCGUCGUACUGUGAUUGCCACAUUGGCUCAAGAUGAAGACAAGCUACAAACGCUAUUUGAGAACUGUAUCAAGACCUUUGGAGGCUCUGUUUAUGUCAAGCAUACACCAGUUUUGCAACAAGAAGCUCUUGCGCAGACAUCAGCGUUAUGUUGCGGCUAUGUACAACGAACACAACCCAUGUUCGUAACUAUGAUGGCGAAAUCAACGUAUCAAGUUAACGGUAUGUCGAACCGCAUCGGGGCAGCAUCUCCUCGAGCUCGCUUCCUCGGAAUCGCUGUUGGCACGGCAAUCUCAAAGAUGGUGGAUAAGCCUGAGCUUCAGCUGAAGAUCGAGCUUGAGGGAAGUGAGGCAACGGAGGCGAAGUGGUAUGAACGUCUUACCAAGGUGGAUGACAAGAUUGGAAGCAUCUUAGACCUCCAGAAGAAGCAGGCAACUGCAUUCCCUACGAGUGGACCAGCAUCCACACCUAAGCCAGCGGCCAAAGCUCCAAAGCCUCCGGUAAUCACUGAGAUUCAAGGCCCCCGUGUCAUUGAGGUGCUUUCUGAGUCCGAGGAUGAAGACGCAGACCUGAUGGCUUACAGUAAGCCAGACUCGGAUCCGGAGGACGAUGAUGAGGAUCCUGCAGCUAUCAACCGUAACAAGCCUACCGCGCCCGUGUACAUCAGGGAUCUCGUUGCAGAUCUUCGAGAUCAGGAGAAUUACGAUCGUCACGAGCUCGCCCUAUCUACUGCUACAUCGUUGAUACGACGCAAAACCAAUUUCGGCACGGAAGUCGUAGAUCACCUCGAAGAACUUGCCACGACAUUGACUGGUCUUCAAAAUGGCCUGGAACUGGAGAACUUCGCGCAGCAAAGGCAGCAGGCACUGAUCGCCGUGCUUCUUGUGCGACCAGCACAAAUGGCGCGAUGGUUCGCACGGUCAUUCUUCUCAGGCGACUACAGUCUCACGCAACGCAUAGCUAUGCUCACUACACUCGGCCUUGGAGCGCGCGAGCUCGCUGGCAUGAAGAAUACAUCCACAGACGAUUUCAUCCCGGCAACACCCUCCUUCCCUAGCAAGCAACUACCACCACAUCUGCACAAGAUGUAUACAGAGGAAAAGGCCGCAAACCCGGUUUCUAAACUCACGAGCAGUAUGGCACGCGCCAUGCUCUCACCGAUCGCUUCCCAAGCAGCCGACACACUCAGCGGGCCCAACAUCCUCAAAGUGCGCACCUUUAGCUCGCGCAUGGAAGUCGAAGCAGCGCGCAAGAAGCCAAUACCCAACGCUCUUGCACAGAUCGUCGCUGACAACUUCUUCUUUCCACUGACCGGUCGCUGGUGGCUGCAGAUCCGAUCCAGCAGCGACUCGAUCUACAGCUCUACACAUCUCCUCCCGCCAUUCCUGCAGACUUUGUCGCUACUGUUGAACGCAUCAGGACCAAACACGCUGUCUUUGCCGCAGAUGACGCGCGAGUAUUGGGAUCUUUUGCUCUCCGUGAGAGGCCUAGCAAGCAACGACAAAGCGAUCCUGGGUGCGCUGCUGUUCGGGUUUCUGAUGUUGCUAGAAACGAACGAGAAUAAGGAGAGACUGGCUACAGAGCAGGGCAAGGAAUUGAUGGAGACGCAAGCGUGGGUCAAAAUGGUGUUUGAGGGUCUUGGUGCUGGCAGCGAGGAAGAUGAGAGGAUCAGGGUGUUGGCGGCUGGUGUUGUAAUAAGGUGUCAGGAAGUCGUAGAGAAGUAUCAGCGCAGGAUGGCGGGAGCGUUGAUGGACUACUAAUAGAGCAUCGAAGAUAUGGAGCUCCGCUAUAGAAGAUAUAUGGCCAGCACCAUGUUGCAGGAGCAUGUUGGAUGCAGGCUGACCAAGUAAUACAAUCAUUCGUCUUAACACGUUGCGCACAGAAACAGCAGCAGAACAUAGAAAAUUAUGUGCAUCAACACAACAGCCUGCAACUACUGGUUGCCAACUCAAGCACUACUCUCGCAUCAUUAAUCUUCUUCCUCAACGCCCUGUGCAUGGCAGCAGCAUCAAUGAAAAAGUACCCUCCUCGUACGAGGAAAGAACGCCAGCAAAAAUUGCGCCGGCGGCGUCCCCGAAGGAAAGCCGUACCCCAACCAGUCCGCGCUGUGCAAUGCAGCUGAUCAAGGUAGAGGAAGCAGAAACAUGACCCUGCCCCUCCC